AUGACCCCCCCGGACUAUCCUUCCCAUCCCGUCCGCAACAAGCUAUACAUCUCGCACUUCCUCUCAACGUGGAACUCUCGCCUGUUUGAAUUUGGCGCCGUCCUGUUCAUCUCUACCAUAUUUCCUGGCACCCUGUUUCCUGCCUCCAUCUAUGCCUUGACUCGUUCCGCCUCUGUCGUCGUCUUUUCGACUGCAAUCGGUCAUCUGAUUGACCGUUCUGAACGCAUAUUUCUGAUUCGUUUGUCAAUCAUUGGACAAAGGGCAGCGACAGCAGCAUCAUGCAUCUUUCUCUGGCUGUUGCUGCACUCUGGAUAUACUUCUCUCGAAACAUGGUCUGCAAAGCUUGCAUUGGCACUUCUUUCCCUGCUUGCAUGCAUCGAGAAGCUCUCAUCCGUCCUCAACACCAUAUCCGUCGAACGUGACUGGGUCGUCGUCAUAUCUCAGAACAAUACCGAUGACCUACGAGAGCUCAAUUCUCAGAUGCGUCGAAUCGAUCUGUUCUGCAAACUCGUCGCUCCCUUUAGUAUUGCCUUGGUCGCUGGAUACUCCACUAGCAUAGCCAUCCUCGUAACCUUUGGCAUGACUGCCAGCUCAGUCUUUGUCGAAUACUAUGCCAUUGCAAGAGUAUACUCCCAAGUUGAUGGCCUCCAAUCCCGGCCCAUACCCUCGCCAGCCACCCAAUCGACGAACAGCACCCAUCAAACCUUCCGCAGUUGCAUCUCAUACAUACAACAUCCAGCGUUUCUUCCCUCAUUCUCUCUAUCCCUACUCUACCUCACCGUCCUAACCUUCGGCGGCCAGAUGGUCACAUACCUCCUCUCCCUCGGUUUCACCUCCACAUCCAUCGGUCUAUUACGCACCAUAUCUACUGUUUUGGAACUCUCGUCAACCUGGCUUGCCCCCAAGGCCAUGCACAAGAUUGGGGCUAUCAGAUGUGGAAUAUGGUUUCUCAACUGGCAGAUUGUGUGGAUCGUGCUUGCAGUGCUUAUGCUCUGGGUGGAUGUACCGCAACGAUAUGCUGUUGUGGGUUUACUUGCUGGCACGAUUGCUAGUCGAGUGGGACUCUGGGGCUUUGAUCUAUCAGCUCAAGUCAUUGUUCAAGAGGCUGUGGAGUCCGAUCAGCGAGGCUCCUUCUCUGCCAUGGAGGCUUCUGUACAAAACACCUUUGAACUGUUGUCCUUUGCCUCGACCGCUAUCUUCGCUCGGCCCAAUCAAUUUAAGAUCCCGGCUGCAGUCAGCGCCGCAGCUGUUGUGCUAGCCGGUUUGAUUUAUGCUUUCUUUGUCCGUCAGCAGAGAGGUCAUCUGUUCCACGCUUCAAAGUGUAUGCAGCGAAAACGUCCUACAUGGCAGCAGGUUGCUCAAGACGAAAAUGUUGAGUUGAAUUGA